CUUAAUCGACUAGAGAAUAACAAUUAAUUGUUCAAUUCAUUAGUUCGAAUUGUUGUGAUUAAUAUACCCUGAGAGUCAAUCGUUUAUAUUUGAAAGUGAAAAGAAAAACAAACCGAAAACUGACUCACAAUUAACUAGAGAGUUUUCUUACUAAUUGUUAUCAAUAUCCUGGUUCUUUUUCAUUGAUAUUUUCAGCUGACAUUUAUUUCAAUAAUUAGAAUAUGUUUAAAUUGAUUCCGUGGAUUCGAAAGUGUUUAUUUCGAUAAAACAAUUAAAGGAAUUCGAUCAAGAUUCGGGAUUAGCGCCAUCUCUGCGAGAUUCUAUCAAGGAUUUGAGUUUAUUUAUUUUCAAUUUUGUUACUAAUUCAACAAUUCAAUGGAUUCGCAAACUGACAGUGUUAAUCAAAGUGAAACAGACCAAUCUUUACGUACUGAUUGUGCCACUUUAGGAAAAGACUCAACCGAUGAUGAUGUUAUUAUUGAAAACCAACCUGACGACGCGAUGAGUGAUGAAAGUGAUAAGAGUGAAGAGAGUGAAGAGAGUGAUGAUAGUCACAUUUCCUAUGAUUCUGAUGGAUGGAACAAACUCAGGAAAAGAAAACAUAUCGAAACCACGCAAUUUUUCAAAGAUUUUUUGUCAAACAUGAAGAAAAAGGUUAAAAAAAAAGAAGCUGAACUCAAAGCUUCAGGUCAUAAGAUUAGAUACCAAAAAGCAAGAAAGUCUACAAGAGUUUACCCUUUUCUUUUGUGUUUUGCCUCAAAAAACCAAUCUAAUAAACACAAAUCAAAUGGUGAUGUCAAUUCAGAUGAUGGUCAAACGUCCAAGCUGAGUGAAGAUCUAACGACAAGGAGUAAAGAAGUUAGAAGUGACGAGAUGUUGGAAAAUAAUUCUAUUAAAAUCAUUUCAGAUAAUGAGAUUGAAGGAUCUUCGGACGCUAUUCUCGAGUUGACAUUCGACGAGCCGAAAAAAAGUUCAGAAGAUGAAAGAACCAAAUCAGAAGCCAUUAGAAUAAAGAUGGAAACAAUAAAUAACGAGAUGUUGGAGAAUAAUUCUAUAAAAAUCGUGACAGAAAACGAGACCCAAGGAUCAUCGGAUGCUAUUCUAGAGCUUACAUUUGACGAACCCAAGAAAACUUGCGAAGAAAAAACUGAAUCAGAUUUGCUCAGAAUUAAAAAAGAAUUAAUCAACGACGAAAUGUUGGAAAAUAAUUCCAUAAAAAUUGUGUCUGAACAUGAUGUUCGAGGAUCAUCAGAUGCCAUUCUCGAGCUAACAUUCGAUGAGCCGAAAAAAAGUUCAGAAGACGAAAGAACCAAGUCAGAAGCCGUUAGAGUUAAAAAAGAGACAAUAAAUGACGAGAUGUUGGAACAUAAUUCCAUAAAAAUUUUAACAGAAAAUGAUACUCAAGGAUCUUCAGAUGCUAUUCUAGAGCUUACAUUUGAUGAACCUAAAAAAACUUCGGAUGACUGA